UUGUUUUUUUUCUUUUUCCUCUGAUGUUCUGAAAAGUACAUUAGAAUGCCUUGUUAGGUGUGGUGCUGUCUUCUAGUAGCUGUGAUUGCUUAUUGCAAAAAACAAACAAGCAAGCAAACAAUAUUUUACUAUUAAAGUGGACACUGACCUGUCAACAUUUUACUGCUACAGCUAAAACACCCAAGGGCUCUACAUGAUCUAACUGUAAAAAUGUAGCGGCUGGAAGAAGGCUCCAAAAAGCCCACAGAGAUCUGGAGAGCUUUGGUGGAGCAGAGUGGGUACAUAUCGCACAGUUAAGACUGAAUGCUGAAGUUGGGUCAGAAGGUGCUUCAGCAAUACAUUUGUUAAAGAGUGUGCACACCUAUUAAGCCAGGGUAUUGCAGUUUUUUAUUUUCCUUCCUUCAAAUAUUUGUGCUUGUUUUGUCAGUGGAAUUGUGUCAGAUAAAUGUCACAUUAUAUGUGAAAACAGGGGUGCCACUGUAGUCAUCUACUCAAUGUAAAUUCUCACAAUGACUCAAGCAGUAAAGUUAACAAGACGAUUUCUGCCAGUGUCAAAGGUUUGGGCUUCAACUAUGUAAGUCCAUCCCAUCUGAUUGUAUGUUAUAUAAUUUUAGGUUUCCUCCCCUGCUGCACUCAACAAGGUCACUGAUCCCAUAUAAGGUCCAGCACACACACACACAUACACACUUCUGCAGGAUCACAUAUUUAUAAUCAAUAUUAUUUCUCAACAUAAGACUAGUGCACAUGUUUAUCUCCUGUCAGCUGUAAUAUGACUGCGCUGACUGUGUCGGCUUCUAACUGCUGUCCUCAUUACGAGCUGCAGUUAGAAGACCACUAUGUUCUCUAUGUGAGACACUUGAUCGCUCCCUCCCUCUCCAGUGUUGUCCCAGACUGUACUACAAACAUGAAUUGCGCACAUGGAGCUGCAUGAGGGAGGAGCUCUGCUGAGUUUCCGGCUGGGGGACCUAGGCUAUAAAAGUGUGCAGGCCUGAACAAGAAGUUUUGACUGAGAACAGAACAUUGUUUCUAGAGUCUUUUUAGGGAAACACAGCCUCUCUUCUUCCCUGGAGUCAGACGCUGCUGCCCACUGCUGUGCACGGUGAUGCCGCGGCUGCGGUCCUCCUCAGAGUGCCUCUCCUUGUCCCCGUGUCAGCGGGAGUGUGAGCGGACAGCGUUCUCUUUCUACUGCGCGGUGCGGGAGCAGCUCCCGGUCUGGCUGCUGGAAGAGAUGCGCAGCAUGGAAGUCUUCUGCUGGGAUAAUGGAAGCCCAAGAGCCUUCUUGCCGUCGGAAGCACUGCUGUACGCUAUAGUGCACGACCACCAGGACUAUGCACGCUACCUCCUCAACAGGUACUCAGUGGGUGCACUCAGAGCGCCGAGCUGCAGCUUCUGCUGCUGCCCAGGCAGCGGCACGCCGCACCUGAAUGUGGCGGUGCGCUACAACCGUGUGGCGAUCCUCAGCAUGAUGAUGGAGGCGCUGAAAGACUGCGCCGGGCUGGGGAAGCGUAGGGAAUACUUGGACGGCUGCGGCGGCUGUGUCCAUGCUGCAGACGCAGGAAAGACUGCGGUGCAGCUGGCAGUGGAGCUGUCGCAUUCUGACUGCCUGCUGCAGCUGUUGGUCCACGACGCUCGGCCCGAUGGCCUCGAGGUGGCGCUGCAGAAACUAAUUUCCUGUAUUGUUUCGGAACGACAACAAGCGCAGCGCUGCCUUGACUUCCUGCUUCUCUUUCAGUCCAAGCCGCCGCUGCUGCCGUGCCUGCAGGACGAGCCGCAGCGCUGGCAGGGUGUGCUGGGAAACAGGGUGUUCAGCUGGCUCUGCGGCCUGACCCCCUCCCCCCUGCUACUCCAGGCGCUCAGGUGUCUGGCCCAGUCCGGAUCAGACUGCAUCACUUCGUUGCCCGAUUUCCUGCAGCCGCACAGCUGACAGCGCCAUCUGUUACGCAAACAAUUUUGAAGGACUGCUUUGAUUGGACAGUUUAAAUAUGUGAAUAAUGUGUAAAUAUUCUCUUAAGUGUAGGCUACAUAUUGGAGAAAAUAGGCAGGCUUAUAGAAUCUAUACAGGACUGGGAGAGCAUAAGCGUUAUUUAGGUGUUGGUUUAGCUUUAAUCUGGCUGUUCGGGAAUAAAUGCCUGAUUUUUUUUUUAAAGUUUCUGAUUUGUUGCAAAAAAAGAGUGGCUUUAAAAUCUUCAGGGUUGAAUGUGGAGGUUUGUUAUUAAUAUAACAACACUGCUCUAAAUGUUUUAAUAUACUUCAUUCAUGUGAUCCUGAAGAAAAAUCAGCAAACUAAUAAUUCAGACAAGACACAGUUUGUAAAGGCAUUUUUACACAUUACUUGUCUGGUAUACAUUUGUAUUUAGUCCUCCAUUAUUCUGAUUCCCCUAAAUAAACUUGAAUACAUCCCA